AUGUCGGAAGCAUCAUCUCCUGCUUUCUCAGAUUUAACCGGUGAAUCUGUAUCCAACGACGAAACUUCGUCUCAACAAACUGCACAAAAGGAUGAUACAACAACAUCUGAUGAUGGUGUAUCAAGUGAAGAUGAAGGUGACCAGGAAUCAUCCGAUGAUACUGACCAAUUUACAGCGCCAAAGGAUAAUGAGACACAAAAUAAUGUAAAUAACGGCCUCGAUCAUCAGUCGCAAGGUCUCUCGACCAUCGAGGACGAACAAAAACUCAAAAAUAAUGAUACCACCUCUGACACUCGAGAAGUUACGGAGUCCAACGGAAACAUUCGAAAGCGAAAGAACGAAAGUUCAAAUGAUUCUUUAGAAAAUCUUGAACAAAAACGCGAAAACACAUUCCCUUCCAAGAAAUUGAAUACUAGUGAAAGCGAGCUCCUUGCUCAAAGAAACGGUAAAAAUACGGAUAAAUUCGCCAGAAAUGCCAUCGAUGGAAAGAAAGGAAUCAAACCUGACAAUUCAAUGCAAGUUACGUUCGCGUCAUAUGGUCAUAAGGCACAAAAGGAUUUCGCUGGAGUCAGGGGAAAAGAUUUUCGGGCCCAAAAAACAAAAAAGAAGAGAGGCUCAUAUCGUGGUGGCAAGAUUGACCUACAAUCCCAUUCUAUAAAAUUCGACAAUCUUGAUCAGAUAUGA